CAAAAAUGGAAAUUCCCUUUUGCAACAAUGAAAUCUGAGGGUCUCGGUCAGAAUACUAUCUGCCAUAUUAUGACAUCUACAAAUGCUCCACCCAUCUUGAAAAUAGAGACAUUGAGGAGGGAUUUAUCAAGCUAGAAACCCAUGAGCUUACAGAUCACACUCUGAAAUGCGUUGAAGUGGCUCUGCACAAGUUCUUAGAGUACUACAAAACUACUAAUAACAACAGAAAGAUUGAGGCCCACCAAGAAUUAGUAGAUGCUUAUCAGGCCAAAGUUAGCACUCUCAGAACCCAACUGGAAGGACAUGUACUACAAAAGGAGUAUUUUAAAUACGUUGAUAUCCAGAAUGAGGCUCAAGAUCUGUAUGAUGACCUGAAGGUUGAAGACUUGUUUAGAAAGUACACUACUGAUAAGUACAUCUCUGGAGUGUAUCAUGAUACUGAUCCAACUACAUUCGAAGAUUCUUCCUUGGAAAAACAGAGAUGUGAGAAGGUUUUUGAGGAAAAAUUUGAGUAUAAGAAAAAAGAAAUUGAGUGUGAAACAAAUAAGAUAGUAGAGGAUUGGGAACAGAAGACCCAUUCAGCCACCUCCGAAAUCACCCUCAUAACCCCCCAUCUCGACGACCCCUCCCAGCACUUCGCCACUCUAAAAACCCAUUUACUCUUCACGCACAAAUCUGAGCUUGAAGAUCUCCAAAAAGCCCAAGAAGCCAGUCUUCACAGCUUGGCUAAAAGUCUUGAACUAGACUGUGCCCAACAAGUCAGUAGCCCAGCACAAAGAAGAGAUGGAAGAAGAACUAGCCAGAGUCGAGCAACAGCUUGAAGAGGUCUUACAAAAAGGAAGCGAUGUAGAGAAAGAGCAAAAGAGAAUACUUGAGAGGUAUGACCAGGCUAAGCAAUUUAUAAUCUCUUCUUUGAAUGUAUCAGAGUACUCAGAUUUUA